CCAGAAGAGCCAACUGGACUAGAUGGGCCAACAGAAUUUAACAUCAUUGACUGAAUUCAUUCUGAUGGGAGUCACAAGGCAACCUGAGCUGCAGAUGCCACUUUUCAUGGUCUUCCUCAUUCUCUACACAGUCACAGUGGUAGGCAACCUGGGCAUGAUCAUCUUAACCCAUGUGGACUCCCGCCUACACACACCUAUGUAUUUUUUUAUCAAACACCUGGCUUUCAUCGAUCUUGGUAAUUCUACUGUCAUUUGUCCCAAGAUGCUGGCAAAUUUUGUUCUGGAUCAAAAUAUCAUUUCAUAUUAUGCAUGUGCCACACAGUUGGCUUUCUUCCUUAUGUUUAUUAUCAGUGAAUUUUUCAUCUUGUCAGCCAUGGCCUAUGACCGCUAUUUGGCCAUUUGCAACCCUUUGCUCUACAAUGUCAUUAUGUCCAAGAGACGCUGUCAUAUGUUGGUGGGCAUUCCUUACCUCUAUAGUAGCUUUCAGGCUCUAAUGUUCACUAUUAAGAUUUUUACGUUGACCUUUUGUGGCUCUAAUAUCAUAAAUCAUUUCUAUUGUGAUGAUGUUCCCUUGUUACUUUUGCUCUGUUCAAAUGCACAAGAAAUAGAAUUGCUGAUUAUACUAUUUUCAGCAUUUAAUUUGCUUUCUUCCCUGCUGGUAGUUUUGGUAUCGUACAUUAUGAUUCUGAGAGCCAUAUUUCAAAUGAGUUCUGCAGAGGGCAGGAAAAAAGCUUUUUCCACAUGUGGUUCUCAUCUGACUGUGGUGGUUAUAUUCUAUAGCUCUCUGCUAUUUAUGUACACACAGCCCAAAUCUACUCGCUCCUUUGAUACUGACAAAAUGGCCUCUGUGUUUUACACUUUAGUGAUCCCUAUGCUUAAUCCCUUGAUAUACAGCUUAAGGAACAAAGAGGUGAAAAAAGCCUUCCAUAGGGUCUUUAAGAAUCAGUGCAAUCUUUGAAUUUAAUAUUCAAUAUGGAAUAUUGUUCUAACAAACUCUGAUAAAGGCAAAUGUCAAAAUAUUCCUAAUAUGUGUAAUUAUAUUCUUUUGAUUCCAGAGCAAAAACUAAUUAUAAUAUACAAGUAGAUUUUUCCCUAAUAUUCAGCAAAAUUAAUCCUCCUAUUUCAAAUCUCAAUUAAAUAACACUUCUUCCUUAGCAUUUCUUGUUUUUAAUUCAAUAUUUCUUCUAGUACAAUCAUAGAGCCUGACAUUUCUCCCAGUUGAAACACUAAAUUCUACCUCAAUAAACUGUAUGUUUGUUUCUUUUACUUUUAAUUGCUAUUAUUUUUAGCUCAAGGAUUUUUUCAAUUUUGUUUUUAUUUUGUUUUCUGAAUCUAAUACAACAGUGUAAAUAAAGUAAGUCUCUCUCUCUCUCUCUCUCUCUCUCUCUCUCUCUCUUUUUUUUGCAUAUAGCUGUCCACAUCUCCCAACAACAUUUGUUGAAGAGGCUAUUUUUUACUCCAUUGUAUGCUUCUUCACCAUUUGGCAAAUAUUCAUAGACCAUAGAAACAUGGGUUUAUUUCUGGGCUCUCUAUUCUGUU